AUGGCUGGGAUACCAUUCCCAAUGGAGGGUUUCAAGUAUAGUAGCUCGUCUUCAGCUACGGACAACAUGGUUAGAUAUGGUGUGCAACCUAGGUUUUCGGAGGUGUAUACAGAUAGAGCUUCAUUAUAUAGGAAUAAAGUGCUUAUGGUGUGGCAUGGAAGCUCCUCGUGGUUCCAAGAACAAAGUAGCUGGUCUUUAGCUACAACAGGACAUUUAAACUGGGAGGUCAAUCAGGUUAUGGUGGAGCAUAAAUGUCCAAAAGGCGACUCUUGGAACGAAGCUAGGUGUAAACAGAAAGAGCUUCACUAUAUAGAAAUAAAGUGCUUAUGGUGUGGCACAGAAGUUCGCAAGGUUAGAUAGGGUAAAUUGAUUGGUAAUUUACCUUCCCGCAAUAGCACUGCCACAAUAGGAGUGUUCUGAGGUCAUGGCCUGUAUGACUCUACAGACCUCCUAUUCACAGAUGAAGAGGAACAGAUGAAGAACAGAUGAAGAGGAACAGAUGAAGAGGAACAGAUGGGCGAUCCCUCCACCCAUUUUUUCCGUCACGUCAGCGGGAACUCGAUAGUGGUUUUUACUAUUGGGUUUGACAUACACCACACACACAGUUAGAUGAUCAACAUAGCACGGGUUCCAAGAACAAAGGAGCUGGUCUUUAGCUUCAAAAGGACAUUGAAUUUGGAGGUCAAUAAGGUUAUGGUGGAGCAUAAAUGUCCUAAAGGCGACUCUUGGAACGAAACAAGGUGUAAACAGAUAGAGCUUUAUUAGAUGGAUGUCAAGUGCUUAUGGUGUGGCACAGAAGCUCG